CAGCUCAGCCCAUCAUAGAACUUCUGGUUCAAGGCCCCAUCCCCACUUGUAGGGUAAUAAUUAACUUGGAAUUAUUUUCCCCACCUCUUCUUUUAAAUGCUCAGACAUAGUGAAAGUGAAACAGUGCCGAGUCUUUUCCAGAGCUCAAACGUGUGAAGGUGCUGGAGCUCUUGGGCAGGUGCAGACAAGCCUUUUUUUACACUUUUAGCAGCCCUUUUCAGAGGGUAAAGUAGGAUGGAGAGCAGCAUUCCCAGAGGGAGCCCCUUAGCCAGCACAUGUGUGAGGGAUGGUGCUCCCAGCUGAGGUGGGUGAGCUGGCCCAGACCUCUGUCCUGCAGCGCUGCUCACCUGCCACUGCAUCUGCGCUGGAUUUCCUGCAGCACGGAGCUGCUCUCUCUUCUGUGGCUCACACCCGCGCUAUCCCAGCUUGCUGCAGCAGGGAUCACUUCAGUCAAUACUGGGUGAUUGCCAUCAACCUGUUUGGGAAACCUCCUGUUGAAAAACAAGAUGAAUAGAAAUAUGGAGUUAGACAUAAGGAGUGUGACCUCAGAACCAGCCUCUCCAAUGAGCAGUCCAGGGGAGGAAAAGAUGGAGAUUGCUUCUGAGCUGAGCACCUCAGAUUCACAGAGGAGGGACAGUGGGUUCUUUGAAAGAGGUAUUAAAACAAUGUUAAGUAUCCAGAAAUCAAGACUGAGUCUGAAAAAAGAGAGAGGGAAGGAAGGUACUGGCACUUGGAAUGCAAAAAGACUUCUGCGAACACUCAGGAGCUGUGAGGAGAACAAACCUACAGUCUGUGACAGCGUGGAGAAGGUUGGUGAAAUAUGUGAGCCCAUUGAAGCAAAACCUCUUUCAGUAAUGGAAAUCAAUGAACUUAUUCAGAAAAGACAACUUUUGGAAGCAUUUGCAAGUAUCAAGUUAAUGGAAGAUGAGACUAUCUCUGAACGGGAUUCUGAGAAAUACAGUGAUAACCCCCAGGAGUUUGUACGGAAAUCCAAGGAUGUGGAUUUGCUUUAUAACUCCAUCACAAAUGCAAUCCAGUCCAUAGUGGAGGCAACACUGGAGGAUCCCACUUUACAGCAUACCAUGCUGACCUCCAUGGUGACUUUAAUUGCCCACGAAGAAGCAGCUCAUCCCAAAACAGACAAUACUGCUCAUCCAGGGUCAGAUUUGCUCGGCAGGCCCAGAAAGUGGAGGGAGCAAUGGAGGGAAGCUGUCAAGGAGAGUGCGAGGAAAAGAGUCCUGAAGGCACCUAUGGCACCAAGGGAAGAAGCAACUUCUUGGCUUGAUCUCCAUUUACAUUUCCUCCAGGAACACCUGAGGGAGGAUUUACUGAAAGUCAAGUCAUCAGUGAAAGAAUGCUAUCCAGAGGAGUACCAGGUGUGUGACACAUAUGUGGAAGCUUUUCACAAUGCCAUUGCCUCACAUUUGCAAGAACUCUCACAGGGACCACUGGACUUCCAUGAGCUCUACACCUUGCUUGACUGGGUAGCCAACACCUACCACAGUGAACACUUUCUGGGUGAUCCCCAGCUCAAACCAGAGGUUAAGACAGAGAACCUGUCCUUGCUGUUAACACCAGCUGAUUGGGAUAAGCUGAAAAACGACUACAUUGCUUCUGCAAAGGGGAAAAUCGAAAGUUAUUUUGGAAACAUCCUGAGACUAGAGGUCACAGAGAAGUGGAAGAAGGAAGUUCAUUCAGAAGAGAAGGAAAACCUCUACCACACCUCACUCUCUUUUGAUAUUCAAACGAUCAUCGGGCAGCACGUGAAGUUAUCUGGAGCUAUCAGCAGAAGCCUGGAAACAAAAAUGCUUGAGUUGUGCAUGGCAGAGCUGCUCGAAUUCAUACCAAGGUUUGAGCAGGAGUUCAUGGAGUGGAGCACUGCCCAGGACAGCCCCAUCUUUGUGCCCUAUCUUGUUGCCUACAUCAACAGUUUCCAUGACCUGGUGUCAGGGUUAGAAACAGCGUUUAAAGUCAAUACUGAGGAACUGCAGAAGAUUUUGGCAGCUCUGACAAGGAACUUCACAAAUCAUUUUUUAACAAAAUUAAGAACAAAAACACAGCCACUCCUUAAGAAAAUCCUGACCAAGAACUGGAUUUUGGAGACAGAAAGGCCGGUCUCACUGGCGUUGGCAGUCUCGCAGUUCUCUGAGCACCUGCAGCACAUGAGGGAGCCCCUGGGCCAGGAGCUUCUACAAGAAGUUCAUAAAUACAUGGUGAAGGAAUACAUCACCCAGGUCAUCAAACCCAGAUGGAAAAUGAACAGGGAGACACGUCAGGAAGUGAGCAGAAAGAUGAGCCUGGAAGCUAAAAUCAUUCACAAUACACUCAUGGAUCAGGGCUCUGAUGCCAACUGGCUCCUCCCUUCCAUAGAGCACAUUGCCAAUAUCAUUGGGGAGAAGACAAAAGACAAGAUCAAGGCACAUGUCAAGGAGCUGUGCCAGGAUUAUCCAGAUAUCAGGAAGGAGCACGUCCUGGCCAUCCUGGCGCUCCGGGGGCUGGGCCGUGCCAGGAGAGCGGCGAUCUUUCGGCAAGUGCGCCAUGCACAGGAGAGCUCUGAUGGAGGGCAGGGCUGCACACUCUUCGCUGAAAUUGAUGUUCCAGUAAUCAUCAGCUGCUUCUAGC